AUGGUGCUGCAAACUGGCAAACGGGCCGAGAGGCCACAAGGACGUGUACUUCGUGGAUUCGUUGCACUUCUUGCAGUGCUUUCCACGGUGCUGGGAGCUACGACAUUUCUGCAGGCAUUGGGCGCAGGUGUCGGCCGGCGGCAGUUUGCUCUAGGCCUUGCGACGGCGCCGCUUUAUUUGGGACAUCCACAACCGGCCAGCGCAGAAGUUGCAUGGGCCGGGGCUUACGACGAUCCUGAGUAUCCCGGUUGCAAAAGGAGACUCCUGGAUCUGGGCUCGGGCAACAUCCAAUUCAACCUCAAGGAUCCUGAGAAGGGCAGAACGUGCAAGCAGAACAAGAACCUGGACAAAUUCCUGCUUCCAGGCAAAGUUCAGGGUGACCAAAUCACCGUCGACUUCUCUCCGAGGGGUGGGCCCAGCAAGGUGGUCGGCAAGUGGGACGGAAGUGCCAUCGUCUUUCAAGAUGGCAAGAAAUGGACAAAGAUCGCAGGCGAGAAGCAGAAAUCCCAGAAAGGCAUAGUCAACACACGAAUUGGUGGUAUUCAGUUCACCGAGCCAGAAGAUUAG